AUGGAUGAGAUACUGAACAAGCCAACCGCCAGCAGACCCGCCGAGGGUGUAUCAUUCUACACUCCUGCUCAGAACCCCCCCGCCGGCACAGCCCUUGAUUUUGACCCGGAACAUCCCUCCAAAACACCCACCCUCUUCCAUCCCCUCACUAUACGGGGUGUCACACUGGCCAAUCGCUUCGUUGUCUCCCCAAUGUGCCAAUAUAGCGCAGACGAUGGCCACCUUACAGACUGGCAUCUUGUCAACAUCGGCGCAUUUUCCGUGCGCGGCGCCGCCUUGACCUUGAUCGAAGCAACCUCGGUGCUUCCCAACGGCCGCAUCUCCCCUGAAGAUUCCGGCCUUUGGAAGGAUAGCCAGAUAGCCCCGCUGAAACGCAUCACGGAUUUUGUGCACUCACAGGGCCACAAGGUCGGCUGUCAGCUGUCUCACGCAGGGCGCAAGGCCAGCACCUUGGCACCGUGGCACGGCCAGAGGGGCAAGCCGCACGUUGCUACCAAGGAGCAGGGCGGAUGGCCGGACAAUGUUUGGGCGCCUAGCCCCGUGCCCUUCUCCGACACAUAUCCCCAGGUGGAAGGGAUGACAACAUCACAGAUCAGGGAUGUCAUCGAGGCGUUUGCCACGGCCUCCAAGAGGGUGUUGGAGGCCGGCUUUGACUUGAUUGAACUCCACGGUGCUCACGGAUAUCUCAUUAACCAGUUCAUGUCACCUCUCAGCAACCAACGAACCGACGAGUGGGGCGGCUCCUUUGAAAACCGCACCCGCUUUCUCGUAGAGGUCAUCAAAGCUGUGCGCGGCGCCAUUCCCGAGUCAAUGCCGCUCUUUUUACGUAUCUCCAUGACUGAAUGGAUGGAGUGGAGCGGCAAGGACAGCUGGGAGCUUGAGCAGAGCAUCAGACUCGCACACUUGCUCCCCGAGCUCGGAGUCGACCUUCUCGACUGCAGUUCGGGCGGUAACAACCACGAACAAAAGAUCAUUCUCAAUCCCUUCUACCAGGUCGACCCGGCCAGCGUGAUCCGGCGUAGCCUAAAGGAGGCGAACAAGAAGUUGCUCAUCGGCGCGGUCGGCCUCAUUACUACUGCAGAAAUGGCGCGCGACAUCGUCCAGAGCGAAUGUAUAUACACGGUUGGUGAGGACCCCGAGAAGGGCGCCGUAGACUCGGUCGCCGUAACGGAAAAGUGCGAGGAUAGGUCCAAGGCGGAUGCGGUCAUCAUCGCGAGGCAAUUUCUAAGGGAACCAGAAUUUGUACUGAGGACUGCCCAGCACUUGGGUGUCAAGGUCAAGUGGGCAAAUCAACACGGCCGAGCAGAGAAUGUGUUUGGCCUGCACCACCCGGAAAGUCCUCAUGUGUCAGCCGGAGAGAUAUGUAACCUGAAUGAAAUAUUGUCGUUGCACACAAUGUCCGGCCUUAUCGACCCGGCCGGGGACAAGGCCCAUGAUGUCCUCAAGGCCCAUGUACCCUUACAGGGUCAUCAGACCUGA